CUUUUCCAGAACAAAUUCUCUGGUCCUAGCUGGACGAAAAUAGUAAUUUCUUGGUUCAAAUCUAUGGUAAUAGCACAUCCAUUUAAAUUAGUUUUAAGCCUGCUUUUCACCUCGUUUUUAACCUGCAAAUACUUCAAAGUAACGUGCAGGUAAGAUCUAAUGUCCUGAGAGAAAGUUAGGGAGCAGGAAUGAUGGUCUUAGAAGCAGUUGAGUCUGGGAAUGAGGUAAAUGGUGCAGCCCUUUGCUGGUUGGUUAAUGCUUUAUCAGCACCACACAGUCACAAUUUUAUCAUUCCACGCCUAGAUCUGUAUUUAUUAAUAAAGCUAGAUGUAUUCAGAGUACAGGAAUUUUGCAGAAUAUGGGAACUUGAGCUCGGGGUGGUACCUUAAAUUUUCUCCGAUAUCAAGACUUCAGCUCAAAACCUUAGGAUUACGGACGGGCCUGCCAUGGUUUGCCGCACUGCUCGCGUAGAAAAUGUGUGGCCGUACGAGAUGCCACGUGCUCAAGUUCAGUACUUGCGCAAAAGCUGUUUUUCCCUCCAGCUAUGGGAAUGUGAAUCUUUAAGAAUUUUCAUGGUAGUACAUUGUGCCGUUUCGUAUCAAUGGCCUCUUGCCAACACUGUCCAUUGGUAUUUUCUGCGGUGAUGGGAAUGUCCUCUGUCUGUGCUGUCCAGUACAGUGACCACUAGCUACCUGUGGCCUUUGAACACUGAGAAUAUAGCUAGUGUGACUAAGGAGCUGGAUGGUAAAUUAAAUUUAAUUUAACUGGCUAUAUGUUAUAAUAAUGUAUAAUCAUAACGAUAGCUAGCGGCUCCUGUCCUGGACAGCACAAUUCCAGGCAAUUCGACUUAAAAUAAUACCUCCUUUAAAUUAUCUCUAACUUCUGUCUUCUAAACUGGGAUUUAGAAGUCCUUCUAGAAGCACUUACUUCUUGCAUAGAAUACAUACAAACUUUGUUGCACAUCUGAGAACACUGGGGUACAGGUGUGAAUUUUUUUCUUUAAACCUGAGAAUUUUGAGCAGCCUGGGUUCCAGACUCAAAGUAACAAUCUGGUGAAGUAAUGUGUCAUAAUACUAGGGGUGGUGUAGAGAGAAUAAUGGAGUUAAUGUGUCCAAGAGCAGCCUUUCUAAUGAAUGUCGGGAAAAAUGAUCUAAUACUUGAGAGGGCAUUGAGCUUUUGUUUCAUGUGAUGAUUGGGGGGAAGUCAGGGAUGAGAGAAAAGUGCACAUCAAAGGCUACAUGAACCUUUAAUGAUCCUCCUGCGUAGCACCCCAGUUUUAUUAGGAUUUUAGGGGUAUGUGGGCAACGACAGCCGCUCCUGUCUUCCAUGUUGUCCUAUGGGAGGAGUAGGAUUAGGAAAAGGAGAAGGAAUGGCAAUGAAGAAGACCACCAUCUUCCCCCACAGACCAAAAGGAGUAGUAGAAACCCUGUCUUUCAUGAGUCCUGGGACACAGAGGUGCUAUCUCUGCUUCACAGAUGGGAAAAUUGGGGCACAGAAAAAGAAAGUGGUUUGCCCGGAGAUACACAACUAGAAAGAGGCAGGGUCGAUGAUUCCAGAGCUUGGCUGGUGAGCUCCUUGCUCCUAACCAUGACAGGACCUGUAACGAAAAACAGUAAAGAAAACAGACUAAGAGGAAACAAAGUGUUCUGCGCGUCUUCGAGCAGCGAUAGCGGCGGCAGCAGCAGCAGCAGCAUCAACAGCCCGGACAGGGCAAGCGGGCCGGAGAGCAGCUUGAACCACAUGGGCGCCGGGUCCGGCCCUAACACCCCUCAGCCUGUUCCUGAGCAGUCUGCACUGUGCCAAGGCCCUUACUUCCGCAUCAACCAGACCCUGAAGGAGGCCCACUUCCACAGCCUACAGCACCGGGGACGGCCUCCGACAUGAUGUGCCGGCGGUUUCUUGCCUUCUGUGAAGGGACAGCGCUGUGCAGAUUUGAUAUUUCAACUUACGAUGUUUUAAAAAAUUGCACAAAAAUAUGCCUGUUGGCUUUUCAGUCUAUAUUUGAAAGAGCAGGUUAACAGGCAGUUGUUUACUUGUGGUUUUGCUGCACUAUUGCAAUUUCAAAGGGGCUUCGAAGCAAUUUUUUAUAGGAUUCUUUUGAGGGUGGGUAUCACAUCCAUGUCGAGGUAACGGUAUGAGGAAAUCUCAUCUGCGUGUUGAAUCCAUAGUUUGUCCAGUUCAGAUUGGUUUCCAAAUCUGUCAAUUAGAAAUUCUACUUCAUGUAAAAAGGCCUUUUAACAAUGCGGGAUCUUCAAUUUUUUAAAUUCAAUAAAUCAGCAAAGAGUAUCUAGUUUCCAUGAAAAAAACCUAAGUUUUUUUUCCCAAAAUUUAGAAAGCUUGAUUCAGUCUUGCACUGAAAUUAACUGCCAUACUACCUCUUAGUAUGUAGACAUCCUGUUGAAAGUACGCUGUCCUUUCUAACAGGAGAACAAUCAGAUCCAAGUUAGACCGCGGAAGGGAAGCACCCUUGCUAAUAACCAUCUUCUCUCUUUGUUAUAUAUUUGUAUUUCCAGAGAGAAUCUCUUUCAGACUUGUAUACCCAGAUAACUUCUGCUACCGUUACUCCUCCAAAGCCUACAUCUCAGACUUAGUAGAAAACACUGCACAGAUCUGACAGUCGAGAAGUACAUAACGAGUGACCUUUGUCUUACUCACAGACUUGUUCUGCCAGCAGCUUCUGUGAUCUCACUGGGAGUCCGCCUUGGGGGUCAAGAAUUCAGGCGCUGCUGAACGCUGACCAAGUGUAGGCUCUCUGAACUGCUGUCUGAAGUCACAAGUAUCAUGAAACUGUCGGACAAGGAUUCACUUUAUGCUUAAAGCAAACCCCCAACAGUAAUUCGGGGGCCACAUUCCACCGCUGAAACUGGAAAGACUGGUGUGGCUUAGAAAUAAAUGAGCAGAGGCACCGUUAGAAGAAGUGAUGUAGUAUUUAUUUAGAGAGGGAUGGCUAUGUUCCCAUGUUAUUUAGUCAUACUAGAGAGCCAACCUAGCUUGAAUAACGAAGGCGUAGACGCGUCUUCUUCCUCACUGACCAGCUGUCUGAACAAGGAGCCAGGGUGCGUCGGGUCACCUGCUCGGGAGAGUGCCGGGGGGCCAACCUGCCACGCAUGUAGAGGAAAGUGCCUUAGAGUCUACCCAGACCCUCCUGCCUGUUCACCCCCCGCCACUGCACUCGGAGUCCACACAGCACACACGAGCAGAUCUGAGAAGCACGGAGAGCUCUAGGAAGGGGUCUUUGCUCUUUGUCAAGAUUGGCAAAGGCCUUCGGGGACAAAAUGCGAUUCUAUUAUGUGACACAACUAACGCUUCCAGGUGAGAACUCUCCUGGGAAAAGGGUAAACAGAUGUACCUCCUUUCCCUGGUCGGUUCCUCUCCUACGGACAGGACUUACGGUCAGUUACUUGAAGAGACAUUCCGAGUUCGGGGGGAAGUUCUGGCACAGGCCCAUGCUCGUGGAGGGGAUGGUCUGUGCAGGAACUCGUUCUCUUCACUACCAUCUCCCACAUUUGACAACCAGAUGUUUGAUGAGAAUCUGGGUCUUAAUGGGUUUGAUGGCGGGGAAGAUGGAAAGGAUACGUUGCUAAUAUUUUGUCUCACAAGAAAGCAAACACAACUAAAUGCUGAAAGAAGACAAGCUGUUUGGGCUCAAACGCGUGUACACAACACAACUCAGAAAUACCCAGGAGGACUCUUGCGGGCUUAUUGGAUGGCAGUCAACUGAAACAAAACGCGCAUUAACAAGAAAAUGUCAAACUCAGAGCAAAUUCCCUUUAAUUUCCCACCCAACUGAAAGAAAUGGAAGAGGAAACCACCACCAGACAGAAUGGUUUUUUCCCCCAAACAAGUACAGUCAUCAUGCUGGGUUAGCAGUUAACUCUCUCACCCUACAAGAAAUAAUCUCCAUCCUGUCCUGCCUCUUUUUUACAGCCUUGGCAGUCUGAGAGAACGUUCCUAUUAUGAGGCUACUUGACAGUGUAAAUGGGCAUCUUUUAAAACUUCUAUCAGCUCGAGCUAGUGAAACCUUGUACUUCUCUAUUGCGCCGCCAUUAAAAGCAGCAUUAGUGCA